GCGCUGCAGAGCGUCGUGCGCGUCUUCACCGUGCACUCGUCGCCCAACUACUUCCAGCCGUGGGCGAACAAGACGCAGAGGGAAUCCUUCGGAAGCGGCGUCGUCGUCGAGGCCCCCGUCCCGGGCGGCGUCGGCGUCCUCACGAACGCGCACGUCGUCGCGGACCAGACGUUCGUGCAAGUCAGACGUCACGGCAGCAGCGUGAAGCACCAGGCGCGCGUGCACGCGGUCGGGCACGAGUGCGACCUGGCCGUGCUCACCGUGGACGAUCCCGACUUUUUUCUCUCCCCGGACCCGGACGCCGGCGGCGACCGCGACGGCGGCGACGGCGCCGCGACGGCGCCGCCGCGGAGGGUGCGCCCGCUGCCGCUCGGGGACGUCCCCGCGCUGCAGUCCAAGGUGAGCGUCAUGGGAUUCCCCGCGGGCGGGGACAACCUGUCGAUAACGAGCGGCAUUGUGUCUCGCGUCGAGCUGACGAGUUACGCGCACGGCGCAGGGGAGCUCCUCGCCGCGCAGCUCGACGCGGCGAUCAACCCCGGGAACAGCGGCGGCCCCGCGGUGAUGCGCGGGAAGAUCGUCGGCAUCGCGUUCCAGAACCUCCCGGGGACGGACAACAUCGGGUACGUCAUCCCGACGCCGGUGAUUCGAAGGUUUCUCGACGACGUCGAACGCGACGCCGCCGACGCGAGACGCGAGGGGAGGACGUACGACGGCGUCCACGGCGGCUUCUGCGGGCUCGGGAUCAAGUGCCAGUGGACGGACAACCCCGCGAUGCGCGCGUACCUCGGCAUGGGGAAGCGCGAGACCGGGGUGAUCGUGACCGAGGUGGCGCCGCUGUCCCCCGCGAAGGGGAAGCUGUUCGCGGACGACGUCUUGCUCGAGAUCGACGGCGCCGCGAUCGCCAACGACGGGUCCGUGUCGUUCCGCGGGUGGGAGCGCGUCGCGUUCGAUCACCUCGUGUCGCUGAAGCGCGCGGGGGAGAACAUCAGGAUGAAAGUUCUCACCGUCGACGUCGUCGCGACCCCCCGCGCGCCGCUCGUCCCCGUGCACCAGUACGACCGCCUCCCGACGUACUUCGUCUUCGCCGGCCUCGUGUUCUGCCCGCUCACGCAGCCGCACCUGCACGAGUGGGGAGACGACUGGUACGACAAGGCGCCUCGGAGGCUCUGCGACCGCGCGAUGCACUCGCACAUGAAAGUCCCGGACGAGCAGGUCGUGAUCUUAUCCCACGUCCUCGCGGACGAGAUUAACGUCGGGUACCAGGGGAAGCACGACCUGGAGGUGUCGCGCGUGUGCGGCGCGAAGGUGAAGAACAUGCGAGAGCUCGCGGCGGCGCUUGACGCGCACGACGGCGAAUUCGUCCGCGUCGACUUCGUCGGCGGCGACGUCGUCGUCGUGAACGCGAAGGAGGGCAGGGCCGCGGGGGAGAGGAUACUGGCGAAGCACCGCGUCCCGGCGCGGAUGUCCCCGGACCUC